AUGGAUCCUAGCAACCCUUACCGUUUUUGGGAUCAAAAUUUUGUUGAUCUUAUGAAUUCUCAAGAAAACUCCAACCGUUCCGCUAAUACUAUUCCUCCAUAUUCCACCCAAUCCUCUCAGACUAUUCAGUUUAGUAACCCAUUCUCUUCUCAGCCUUUAAACAUUAGCCAUCCAUUCUCUUCACAGCCUCUUAACCAGACUCCCACAUCUGAAUCUGAAGACUGUUUGGACGUUACGGCAGAUGAAAGUGAUGAAGAAGGAGGCAGAGGUAUUAGGAAGCGAUGGAGUGCAGAAGAGGAUGUCCAUCUAAUAAGUGCUUGGUUAAACACAAGCAAAGAUCCAGUGGUGAGCAACGAGCAGAGGAAAAAUAGUUUCUGGAAUAGGGUUGCAGACUAUUACAAAGCUCAUAUUGGAGGAACCAGUUCAAACGAAAGAGGGACUACACAAUGUAAGGCAAGGUGGAGUAAGAUAAACCACCAUGUCAACAAGUUUGUUGGGUGUUACGCACAAGCGAGUACAAGAAGGAGAAGUGGAGAAUCAGAAGAUGAUGUUUUGAGAAUGGCGUAUGAGUUUUACAAAAAUGACAUGAGGAAGCCGUUUCUGCUAGGACAUUGCUGGAGAGAACUGAAGAAUGAUCAGAAAUGGAUCACAGAACGCCAUGUAGAAUGUGGCAAUAAGCGGACUAAGCUUGCUUCUGAAGGAGAAUUCGCAGCUACUUCGAGCAACGGUGGAGAUGACAUGAGGCCUCCGGGGGUUAAAGCUGCCAAGAAAAAAGGAAAAAAACCAGCAGUUAGUAGUGAUGUUCCGGAUGGUUCUGUCGAUAAGUUGGAUAAGAUAAUCGCAAUGAAGGAUCAAGAACAGGCGGCCAAACUUCAUCAUGGCAAAAUGAGAUUGUUAGACAGCCUACUUAACAAGAGUGAACUAACACCCGCUGAAGUACUACUUAGAGACAAACUCCUUGAUCAAAUGUUGACAAACAUUUAG